AUGGCUCAACAUGGGUAUGGUAAACUCGGAAGAAAAUUGCUCACGGUGGGUUACAUAGAGGGCCCGGAAAGACUGGUGAAUUCGGUCAUCACGCACGAGAGUAGAGAACGGCGCUCUCUCGCUGCUACCACCACCGACACCGCCCUCGCGCCUCGCCACAUCGGGCGCGGCAGGAACGCGCCGUCGCGACGCCGCCUCGAGAACACGCAAGCGCACCCCCGACGCGAUGCGACCGGCGACUUGCGAACUCGCGAUAAACCCGGUCCAAUUCGCGAAAAUACGAUGGCGACGAUAGAAGCUGACAGUCCUGCCGGAUUCUCGCCUGCGGAACGCGAGGCCGUCUUGGAGGUCCUCGAGGAGUGCGCGGACUCAUUGGCCGUUUACCAAAACACCCUGAGACAGCCGGCGACCGCAAACGCUUUCCCCGAGAUUGGGAUUUCGGAAACGUCAAUUCUGCAGUCACUCGCCGGAGACGCCGCCGCGGAGAUGACGGAUUCACGAAGGGAAGCUGCGCGUGAAAAGCUCCGACAAGACAGUUUGUACGUGGGCAAUAUAAUACGGGACUUGAAGCGGGAAAUUAGCGAGCGCGGUACUAUCGAGGUAUUAAUCGGGGAGAUCGAGAGGAUCACGUCGCAGGAGGAGCAGGAGCGUCUUUUAUCGGAGCAGCACGAAAGGGUGCAGACGAUCGUGGCCGAGUUACGAAAGGCAACCGCCGAUGAGAAAACGUCGAACGAGGAGGCGGAGGAACGCUUAACGAAGAAGCUCACUUUGACACGGGACGAGAAGGAGAGGCUGAAACUAAUUAAGGACGCGGAGAUGAGAUACGUCCGAGCGUGGGAGGAGGCACGUCGCGAGCAGAAUAUACUGCGUUAUGAGUUGGAGAUGGACAAACUGGCCAAGGCUCUGGACGAUUGUAACGUGCGCGAAAGCAACGAGAAUUGCGUGAAUAGCGAAUUGAUGCGCUACUUGACGCAACGUACAGCGCUCAUCGAGAAUCGAAUCGAGGAAUGGCGACGUAGGUACGAUCGGGAGAAGAAAAUGUACGAGAAGGAGAUCCGUAAAGUGCGCAAUGAGAUAGAAGACGCUCGCGCGGACUUGGAGGGACUCACAACGGAGUACCGCAGUAACCAGGAAUUCAUCGACACAUACCUUGCGGAGCAGGAGGCGCUCAGAAGGCAAAAGGAGCACGAGGAUCACGUGCGCCGUAGCGCAAUCAGGAUGCAAGCCUGGUGGAGGGGCGUUAUGGUGCGCCGGAAGUUGGGGCCGUAUCGACCAGAGGAGAAAAAGAAGAAGCGAGCCGUUAAGACGAAGAAAUAACUUUCCCGGCUUUAAGUCGCUCUUAAACCUUGUACACCGCGUCAGUCAACUCCAAUUCGUUCUACCUGACCGGGUAGACGGCUAUUAAUUUAUCAGCGGCCUGAUCGAGGUCGCAACUGCUUAAUUGAUCUCCCGUGCUGUUAAUUCAUUCCCCUAUUUGAUUAUUAUUUAUAUUAUUACAGUACGCGAGUUUUCGGAGGAAGAGAGAGAGGGGGAUUAAUUUUAAUCUGGAAACUCGAGAACGUCGACCGUCCGCGGAAAAAGCGCGUUGAAAUUAUUUUCGUUCGCUCGACACAAACUCAUUGUCGUCCGCGGGUGGGAUCGGAAGGGAGUACGAUUCGCGCACGAGCGUUACUUGCGAGAAUUUUUUUUUGCCCGUAAAGAAAAUAUUGAUCCCAUUUUCGAAACUGGAUCGCAGCGACCGGAAAUAUAAUGUGCCUUUAUCUUAUUUUUUUUCUAUAUUCGACGUGAUAUAAGAUUAACGUAAACGUGACAGAAACGCGGACUUCGAGGCCGUUGGAAAAUACGUGUCACACUCGACGUGUCGCAUGUUGAGAAACGCGAACAGCGGC